CACAUUCAUUCCUCCGAAACGCGAGUGAGAGAAGUGAAGCACCGCCGCCGUACGCAAACGCGCCGCUCGUCGCCGCAGUGAACAACCGGCGUUCGGCCGCGCUGCUUCUGUCCAUGUAGCAGGUGUAGUGUUUUCGGCCCCUGUUUUUACGCGUACAUUUCCUUCAAUUAAUUGUGCGCGAUCCCAAAUGACGCAUCAUUCUUUGGGAUUAUAGUUUUUUACGCUUUUUUCCGGUGUCCUCGCGUUUGUGCGGUUAGGUGAACGGCAGUGCUGCAGAAGCCGUGGGUGUUUGUAUACUUCCGAGACGAACACAUACAGGUGGAUGCAAUUAGCGUCUCUUCUUUCUCCAUUAUCUCGCAGAAAAAAAACACUCCAUCAAGCUACACAUCUAACAACAUUGCAAUCUCCACGUCAUACGCUGUAGCAUUAUUGCAUGUCCGAAUAGCAACAUUAUCAACCAUAGACCAUAGAGUAAUGUAAAACUAGCGCACUACAUUAGCAAGCACCUUUUCAUCAUGGAGGUGUAGAAGCAUGGAUGAUGACGAUGAUGACUUCUACGAUACGCUAUCGGUAAACUCGCAAUUAGUGGGCAGGCGGCGCGUGAACAGUCGCGACUACAUUAGUCUCUCCCGGAACACAGUGUACCAUUCUGCACUGGACCUGGAAAUGGAGUUGGCCAGCCUAAAACAACCCACCAGCGAUGACGAGCAGCCGCCGCCAACAACAACGACGACGACAACGAGCGUUCCCAACAGCAAGGUCUCGAAAAAGAAUAGAACUCCUAUUAUAACCUAUACGCAGUGGAGAGAGCGGAACUGGAGCGUUUCGAAAGACAGACUAGCCGUCGAUUUCGUCCUCGCGUACGAAUAUGGAACGUGCGAGAAGCGCAUGCAAUUCAAAAAAAGUUUGGAGGGUGUCGGGCUUAUUUUGGAAGAGGAAACUGUUCAGAAUAUUCAUUUUUUGAAGAUCCACGUUCCGGAUGAGGUCUUGGAACAAUACGCUGAGAUUCUCAAAUUGCGCAUGCCUUUAAAAUUAGAAUCCGGUUAUGUUGACAAACCAAAUAUUUUUCGAAGGGCAAUAAACAAAGGCCUAGAAAUGUGCAACGUGGCAGUUGAUGAGAAGAUAUUUCCACCUCGAAAGUACCAGCUUACAUCCGAGUACGUGAGAGAGCGACAUUAUCUCUACGACAAAACUAGUCCGGAUUAUUUCAACAGUUGCACUAGAAUCACCGUAGCAUCAUACAUUUUAGAACGAGAGAAAUUUGGAAGUGGAGAUCAUGAUUUUGGGAUUAAGCAGCUUUUAGCCGAUGGUGCUUAUAAAGCUGCGUACCCGUUGCAUGAUGGAAGUUUACGCAAUGGAUUCGAUAACGAUUCCAUGCGCAAGAAACUACUCGAUGAAUGGGCCUCGAUUCCAAAAUGGGCCAAGUUUCAGCCACUAGAUGAGAUCAAAGACUAUUUUGGCGUGAAAAUCGCGCUAUAUUAUGCAUGGUUGGGUUUUUAUACGCACAUGUUAAUUCCUGCGGCAAUUGUGGGUUUAUUUUGCGUCGUUUAUGGAUUGUUGACGAUGAAUUCUGAUCGGUUGAGUUCUGAUAUUUGUACUCGAGAUGUGACAAUGUGCCCACUAUGCGAUAGAUAUUGCCCCUUUUGGGAUUUGAAGGACACCUGCGCAUACUCGAAAAUCUCUUACAUUAUCGAUAAUCCGGUGACGAUUUUUUUCGCUAUCUUUAUGUCCAUAUGGUCGGCUCUCUACUUGGAGCUGUGGAAGCGAUAUAGUGCGGGUAUUGCCCACCGUUGGGGCCUUACAGGGUUCAGCCUGCAGUGCGAACCGCCACGGCCCGAAUACCUCAAUCGACUCGCACACGCGAAGAAACAAAAAUUGAACGUGGUCACAGCGUUGUCGGAGCCGGUAGUGCCUUUCUGGAAGAUGAAACUACCUGCGUUUUUAUUGAGUUGUACAAUGGUUCUUGUUUUUAUGUUAAUAGCAGUUAGCAUUGUCUUUGGAGUUGUUAUUUAUCGAAUGUCUCUGGCGUCAUCGGAAAGUUUGUACGCAGACAAAACCAGCUUUAGAAUAUACGUGGUGCCCAUCACUGCAGGCCUAAUCAACUUGGUGUGUAUCGUUAUUCUGAACACCAUCUACUACAAGUUGGCGUACUUCCUUACUGAAUUGGAGCUGCAUCGAACACAGACCGAGUUUGAGGAUAACUUGGCACUGAAAAUCUACUUAUUCCAGUUCAUUAACUAUUACACGUCCAUUUUUUACAUCGCGUUUAUUAAGGGGAAAUUUGUUGGGUAUCCGGCGAAGUACAACAAAAUUUUGGGAAUUCGACAGGAAGAGUGCCAACCUGGGGGUUGCCUGAUGGAAUUAACUAUCCAAUUGGCCAUCAUAAUGAUUGGUAACCAAGCUUUAACUAGUAUUAUAGAGAUUGUUGUGCCUUUUGUGACUAAGCUUAUAAACAAACUGGAGCUGAAGACCGAGAAAACGACUGAAGAUAUUCGCUCGCACAACCAAUGGACAGAUGAUUAUAAAUUAUUGGAUUUGGAACCGCAUGGCCUGUUCAACGAAUACCUCGAAAUGGUUUUGCAAUAUGGGUUUGUAACGAUAUUCGUCACUGCGUUUCCACUAGCGCCUUUAUUCGCACUCAUUAACAACGUAUUCGAAAUGCGUUUGGAUGCGAAGAAAAUGAUCAAAUACUUUAGGCGACCUGUGCCUAAACGCGUUAAGGACAUUGGCGUGUGGUACAGCAUUAUGAAUAUGCUCUGUCGUAUUUCAAUUGUUUCCAAUGGAUUUAUAAUAGCAUUUUCCUCGCAAUUUAUUCCUAAGCUAGUUUACAAUAUGAAAAUCAACAAGGAACUUGUGGAUGUUGGCUUUUUGAAUUAUACGCUGGCGUCUUUUGACAUUAGGGAUUUUCAAGCCGGGCAUGGACCGGAGGAGAAUCCUUGGAAUGUCACCAUGUGUCAUUUUGCCGACUACAGAAAUUCACAUGAUGUGGAGCCGAAAUAUAAGCGGCCUAUUGAUUAUUGGCACAUUAUGACGGCGAGACUCGCAUUUUUGGUUGUGUACCAAAAUUUGGUCGGAGUUCUUUUCACCGCCAUACAAUACAUUAUUCCCGACGUGCCUAAUAAACUUAACGAGAGGAUUCAGCGUGAAGCAUAUCAAAUUAAUGAAAGUAUCAUUAAGAAAGAGAAAGAUAUUAGAGACCAAGCAGAUCAAAGAGACAGAAGAGUUUUAGAAUCCCAAAGAUCAAUAGACAGCACUGCAAAGCUUGCCUACAUUGACGAAGUCGAAGAGGGUGAGCUGCGGUACGAGGACCAAAAUGGCGACGUGCUUCAUCGUCGCCAACGACCUAAUAGUGAGCCCCUAUCAACUUCACAUUUAUAGCAUUUUAUAUCAUUACUUGUUGGAACUUUUUACAUUACCAUCGUAAUCAUUUAAGAUACUAAGGCAAACAUACAUUCACACAUUUCUAUUUAUGCACUUGUUACAAUUUUUCUAAAUGAUAUAAUGAUAUCCUAUUAACGUUUUGCUGCACAACAUUAGUGAAAUUUAUACAUCACUUGUUCAAAGUGUUAUCCAAACGUUAAAACUUGCCAAAUAACAUUUCUACCUACUUAUCAAAUCAAAUUUGUAACAUACUAUAGCAAAAUAUUAUCAUGUUUCAUAGGAGAAUUGAGAAUUUCACAGUUGUGACAUUGCAGAGUUUAACAGUGUUAUUAAUCUAAGUUACGUUUAAAAGGAAAGGAAAGGUGUAGGAAGAUUUUGAGACCGUUUGAACCAAAUGUUUAUGGUUAUUUUAAAAUUUUAUUACGAAUAAUUGUAGUCACGACCAUUUGUAAACUCUUAAUUGCGCUGUACUAUAAUGUCUUUAGUUACUAUUUGUUUGCAAAAGUCACCAUUUGUAUGCCUCUAGUCACGUCGUCGAUGUCUGCCCGGUGACGAAUGGUGGGUUUUGCGAACAGCGCCUCAUAUAUUUAUUGUAAAUAAGGCGUUAUCGAAUUUUUAUGUAUGUUAAUUUGUAAACAAUUAUUGUGUACUUUCAAUACAUUUUAAAUGAUGAUCUGUUUUUAUAUUUGUGCUACUAUCAAAAUAAAACUAAAUUUAAGUAAA